UGCCUUCGGCAUCCCCCUCCUUGCGGUUAAGGUAACGACUUCGGGCAUGGCCAGCUCCCAUAGUGUGACGGGCGGUGUAAUAAAAAACUAAGAGGGGGUCAAGGUCGGCCAGUGAGACGAUGGGGGAUAAGCUUCAUCGUCGAGAGGGAAACAGCCCGGAUCACCAGCUAAGGCCCCUAAAUGACCGCUCAGUGCUAAAGGAGUUCACCUUGUCUCCCUGGGUUUCCUUCAUGAAACAAAGCUAUCAUCGGAGUGGUUCUUUCACCACAACUAUCAUUGACAGCCCGUCUUGGAAGAGAAUAUGCCAAGUUGAUGAUUUCUGCAAAGAAAAUUCUAACUUCAACAAUGGCAUGCUCACCUGGGAGUUAGGGACCCAGGGCACUUUCUCCCUUAAAAAUGUCUCCCUCAAGCUACAGGAAACUGGCCCUUCCAUGCUCACUCCAAAGAUCCCCUGGCCCAAGAAAGGAAUUCCAAAAGCUAACCUGUUCCUUUGGAAAACCCUACACAAAGCCACCCCCUUCGCUAAUAACCUCCAAAAGCUGGGCUUCAGCCUCCCCUCCAUCUGCAUGUUCUGCGCGCAAGAAAGAGAAUCAGAUUUCCAUUGCCUUAUGCUCUGUCCCAAAGCUAGUAGCAUCUGGAAUAAUCUCGGACAACUACUCCACCUGUCUACGAUCUCCAAUUCGUCCUUCCAACACAACUUAGUCAUGUGGUGGCUAUCCAUGUCUCCAUCUGAUCAUCUCUUCCAGGUCAAACGCAUUAUCCCAUCCAUUAUUACGUGGGAGCUGUGGAAGACUUAUAACCGGGUGAAACUGAACCAAGAAACAUUUAAACCAGAGAAAACUCUUGAAGUAAUCAAACACACCCUCAAUGCAUGGUCACUUGCAAACAAAGGCACCAUUCUCCAACCCUCACUCCACCGGAAACCUCUCACCUCAUUCAAGCUUAUUCGUUGGAUCACUCCAAACCCCUAUCAACUCAAGCUUAACGUGGAUGGUAGUGCAAGCACUCGUGGAUGCGGUGGCGGAGCUGUUUUAAGAGAUCACCAGGGCAACUUCGUCCACGGUAUAACCUUCCCCCUUCCAAAAACCUCACCACUUUCCAUAGAAACCCUUGCAAUGAUGCAAUCCCUAAGCGUUUAUCCCUUCCCCAACAUGAUAGUAGAAACUGACAGCAUGGAACUCCUCUCAAAGCUGAGACAUUCUCCGACGUCAAAUGCUCUUUCAUUCAUCAUGGACAAGAUACAUCAUCUUUAUCUUCGCAUCACCCACACCCUUAGAGAAGCCAAUGGUGCAGCUGACCUUCUUGCAAAACAUGGAGCACAGAGCACUCAUUCUCUGAUACCACUGUUGGGAAACGAGGCUUGGAUAACACAGUGGAAAACAAAAAUUGAUAGUCCAAAACUCGAUUCCACCCAAGAACAACUUACGUAAAUUACUAGCUAUAGUAAGAAAUUUACCUUAACGGUGAAAACGGAGAACGGAGGAACGGUCGGGGAUGGUUUUGAGGAGAUGAACGUAGCGCCAAACGUAUGAAGCCUCCAACGUAUCCACACGAACUUGCUCCGGAGUCCAAGAUUAAACUUGUGCUAGCAUGUUUAAUAUAGGAUAGUAAAAACU